AUGUUGGGUGGGAUGGCAGGACGGCAUAUGUCAACACGGCGUCGAGGAUCAUCACCUAUGGUACGCGUAUCAGAUGAAAUGCCGUUACCACAGAGCAACCGAUAUGCGAGAAGACGUCGCGCCGUCACCACCUCCGACCACAAAUCAUGUGCCCUUAUACAGACAAGACUUAAACUUGGAGAUAUUAUGUUGGCCGCAGCACAGGAGGCGGCGGCUCAGGCGGUGCAGCAGCAGCAGGCGGGGGUGGGCGCAGCUGAUAGGAUGGGGGGCGCGAACACGGCGGGGGGACAAGGCCCCACCUCGCUGUUCAUCUUGUCCGAAGAAAACAUCAUCCGUAGAUGUACGCGCUUCAUUAUCGAGUGGCCUCCGUUUGAGUAUGCAGUGCUUUUGACAAUCAUAGCCAACUGUGUGGUGCUUGCGCUUGAAGAGCACUUGCCCAACCACGACAAGACAAUGCUAGCACUAAGACUAGAAGACACGGAAGAAUACUUUUUAGGUAUCUUCUGUGUGGAAGCGGCUUUGAAGAUAUUAGCUUUAGGUUUUGUUUUGCACAGAGGCUCUUACCUUAGAAAUAUCUGGAACAUAAUGGAUUUUUUUGUUGUACUCACAGGGUUUCUGACGAAGUACACUGAGGAUAGCGAAUCUGUGGACCUGCGCACGUUGCGCGCUAUUCGAGUACUAAGACCUCUCAAGCUAGUCUCUGGCAUCCCUAGUCUGCAAGUGGUUUUGAAGUCUAUCAUCAAGGCAAUGGCGCCACUGUUGCAAAUAGGGUUGUUGGUGCUCUUCGCAAUCGUCAUCUUUGCAAUCAUUGGUUUGGAAUUCUAUUCGGGAGCAUUGCAUAGGACGUGUUAUAGUCUGUACGACAUCGAUCUAAUUGCGAAAGAAGGUGAAGAAGCGUUUCCUUGUAACACGGACAAUAAAUCGCAGGCAGAACAGUACGGGAGCAACUGGUGUCGUGACGGAAACUCAGUCUGUUUAGAACGGUGGCAAGGUCCAAAUAACGGAAUUACUUCGUUUGAUAACAUCGGGUUAGCCAUGUUGACCGUGUUUCAAUGUAUCACUAUGGAAGGAUGGACGGCCAUUUUAUACUGGAUGAACGAUGCCGUUGGGAACCAUUUCAAUUGGAUGUAUUUUGUACCACUCAUCGUGUUGGGUUCUUUUUUUAUGCUGAAUUUGGUACUCGGUGUUCUAAGUGGCGAAUUUGCGAAAGAGAGAGAGAAAGUAGAAAAUCGGCAAGAGUUUUUAAAGAUGCGAAGGGCGGCGCAAUUAGAAAGGGAGCUCAACGGAUACGUGCAGUGGAUAUGCAAAGCAGAGGAAGUUAUACUAGCCGAGGAGCGAACAACGGAAGAAGAGAAAAUGCACAUAAUGGAGGCAAGAAGGCGCGCCGCAAAGAAAAAGAAACUAAAAAAGAUGGGUAAAAGUAAAAGUACAGAUACAGAAGAGGAAGAACAAGAAGAAGAUAUGGCCGAUGAUGUAUUUCUUACAGAGUCUAAGAAAAAACUGAAAGGGUUUGGGAGAGCCGCCUAUCUGAAGUCACGCGUGAAGAACAAGGGUGGUUGCGUUGGUUUUUGGCGGGCGGAGAAGCGUUUCCGUUUUUGGAUUCGUCACAUGGUGAAAGCGCAGUGGUUUUAUUGGUUUGUUAUAGUACUUGUUUUCUUUAACACCGUUUGCGUAGCCGUUGAGUUCCAUGGACAACCCGAUUGGCUGACUUCCUUCCUUUAUUAUGCCGAGUAUGUGUUCCUCGGUCUGUUCUUGACUGAGAUGUUUAUUAAAGUGUACGCGCUUGGACCGAGGAUAUACUUCGAGUCGGCAUUUAAUCGUUUCGAUUGUGUUGUUAUUUCCGGUUCCAUCUUUGAAGUUAUUUGGUCAGAAGUAAAAGGUGGUUCCUUUGGUCUUUCAGUAUUGCGUGCUCUACGCCUGCUACGUAUAUUUAAAGUUACAAAGUAUUGGUCUUCGUUACGUAACCUCGUCAUCUCCCUGCUCAAUUCGAUGCGUUCCAUUAUAUCCUUACUGUUCCUUCUCUUUCUGUUUAUACUUAUAUUUGCUUUACUGGGCAUGCAACUAUUUGGGGGUGAAUUUAAUUUUGAUUCCGGUACACCUCCGACAAACUUUAAUACUUUUCCUAUUGCACUGCUGACUGUGUUUGAGAUAUUGACUGGUGAAGAUUGGAACGAAGUCAUGUAUCAAGGUAUUGCUGCCAAGCAAGGAAAUAUGGUUUAUUCCCUCUACUUCAUCGUCCUUAUGUUAUUUGGAAAUUAUACUCUUUUAAACGUAUUCUUGGCUAUUGCCGUCGACAAUUUGGCAAACGCUCAAGAGCUAACGGCAGCCGAAGAAGAGCAGGCAGAGGAGAAUAAAGAGAAGCAAGCGUUAGAAUUAGAAAAAGAAAUGGAAGCCUUGAAAAUGGAAGGGUCACCUACUUCCCGUUUAGAAGGAGGUACAUCAAGUCCGACGACGAGGAGAAAGAAAAAGGACGAGAAACCACCGCCCGACGAGGAAGAGGAAAUAGUAGGACCUAAACCAAUGCUACCGUACUCCAGCAUGUUUGUUCUGUCGCCGACCAAUAUUAUAAGACGAGGAGCACAUUGGGUGGUGAAUUUACGUUACUUCGAUUUUUUUAUCAUGAUAGUCAUUUGUUUGAGUUCAAUUGCGUUAGCUGCCGAGGAUCCGAUAGUGGAAAAUUCUCCUAGAAAUACUUACCUCGAUAAAUUGGAUUACGCAUUCACGGGUGUCUUUGCCAUCGAAAUGUUACUUAAAAUCAUCGAUUUGGGGAUAAUACUACACCCCGGUUCUUACCUUAGGGAAUUCUGGAACGUUAUGGAUGCGAUAGUAGUAAUUUGCGCGUUAGUGUCUAUGGGUUUCGAUCUCAUGGAAACGGAAGGCAGUAAAACGAGUCACAAUUUAUCAACCAUCAAAUCUCUACGAGUGCUGCGGGUGCUUAGACCUUUAAAAACAAUUAAAAGAGUGCCCAAAUUAAAAGCAGUGUUUGAUUGUUUAGUGAACUCAUUAAAAAAUGUGAUAAACAUUCUGAUAGUGUAUCUUCUAUUCCAGUUUAUAUUUGCUGUGAUUGCUGUUCAGUUAUUUAAUGGGAAGUUUCGUUCCUGUUCUGAUGCAAGUAAAUUUACGGAAGCUACGUGUCAGGGACAAUACUUUGUGUUUGAAGAAAAUAACGACGUGCCGAAAGUGGAAAACCGUAAAUGGGAUCUGCAAGAUUUCCACUACGACAACGUCGCAAUGGCCAUGCUUACAUUAUUUGCUGUGCAAACCGGUGAAGGAUGGCCACAGGUUCUUCAAAAUUCAAUGGAUGCCACUUACGAAAACCAAGGGCCUAUACAAAAUUAUCGCAUAGAAAUGUCCAUUUUCUACAUUGUAUAUUUUGUGGUAUUUCCAUUCUUUUUUGUAAAUAUAUUCGUCGCCUUAAUCAUCAUUACCUUCCAAGAACAGGGCGAAGCGGAGCUACAAAGUGGCGAGAUAGAUAAAAACCAGAAAUCGUGCAUAGAUUUUACAAUUCAAGCUCGACCUCUGGAAAGGUAUAUGCCCAAUAAAAGAAAUAGCUUUAAGUACAAAAUCUGGAGGAUAGUAGUGUCUACUCCAUUUGAAUACUUAAUAAUGAUGUUAAUCGUAUUCAACACAUUAUUACUUAUGAUGAAGCAGUAUGACAAGCAAGAUCAAACCUUCACCGAUAUGCUUAAGUAUCUCAACUGGGGUUUCACCAGCCUGUUCACGUUGGAGUGCAUCCUCAAGAUCCUUGCCUAUGGUGUUCGGUAUCACACGGCUCCACCCUUACUCUCCGACCUCCUGGCAGCAAUGAACAUACUGUUUACUUUCCUCUUUCUUUGCGAAACUGUACUCAAGCUCAUCGCUUUUGGGAUUAAGAACUUCUUCAAGGAUCCAUGGAAUACGUUCGACUUUGUGACAGUAAUCGGAAGUAUUGUAGACGCGAUGGUGGUAGAGUUUGGUGAAAGGGCCGAAAAGUUGGCAAAGGAAAGGCCGCCAGGAGUAGAAUUGGAUCUCGCAUCUAAGUUUUCUCUAUGGUUGUCGGAAAAUUUCAUCAACGUCGGAUUUUUGCGGUUGUUUCGUGCUGCUCGACUGAUCAAGCUGUUACGUCAGGGGUACACAAUUCGGAUACUACUGUGGACAUUUGUACAAAGUUUCAAAGCCUUGCCUUACGUCUGCCUUCUUAUAGCCAUGUUGUUUUUUAUUUAUGCCAUUAUUGGUAUGCAGGUAUUUGGAAAUAUUGAAAAUAACGCAGGGACAUUCAUCACUCGACACAAUAACUUUAGGAAUUUUAUUCAAGGACUGAUGUUACUGUUCAGGUGCGCAACGGGAGAAGCUUGGCCUUUUAUAAUGCUAUCCUGUAUUAAAGAUCGGCCGUGUGAUCCUGAAGCACGAAAACCGACCAACAGCUGUGGUUCUAAUCUCGCAUACGCUUACUUCGUUUCGUUCAUCUUCUUUUGCUCCUUCCUCAUGUUGAAUUUGUUUGUCGCCGUCAUCAUGGAUAAUUUCGACUACCUUACUAGAGAUCCCUCUAUUUUGGGCGCGCAUCAUUUAGACGAAUUUGUUCGCAUUUGGGCCGAGUAUGAUCCAAAUGCAACCGGAAAAAUCUUAUACCAGGAGAUGUAUGACAUGCUUAAAAAUAUGGAUCCUCCUUUGGGGUUUGGAAACAAAUGUCCAAAUAGGUUAGCGUACAAGAAAUUAAUCCGAAUGAAUAUGCCCGUAGACGGCGAUGGAAAAGUUAAUUUUACCACGACACUGUUUGCACUUAUUAGAGAAAAUUUAAAUAUGAAAAUGAGACCUGCCGAGGAAAUGGACCAAGCUGAUGAUGAACUAAGAGAAACAAUUAAAAGUAUCUGGCCAAUCCAAGCUAAAUCCAUGAUUGAUCUUCUAGUUCCUCCAAGUGAUCAAUUAAACAAUGGAAAGCUGACUGUUGGCAAGAUUUAUGGUGCCUUGUUGAUUCUCGAGAGUUGGCGUUCCACGAGAUUCGGUCAAAUGGAGCCAACGGGUCCUCCGAAAGCGUCGUUUUUUGACUGCCUGUUGGAUAUGGCGGGCCACUUGGGGGAGAGUCGUACAGGUUCGCUUAGUUUGGAAGGUGCACCUCUAAUGGGUGGACACGAAGUUACGGACACUCAUCAACAUCACGAUGAAGGUCCACUUGCAGCUCUCGCCCGUCGAAAUACGAAACGUAGUCGAUCGUUCAGGAACAAAAAGGUGAAGGUCGAAAACUAUGUGGUCAUGGAGUUGCAAGAGGCUUUAGGUUCCCGAAGGCAGUCUUGUGAAAGUUUAGUGGACCAACAACAUCUUCAUCCUGCAUAUACGAAUUCUCACCGCAGAUCACCAAGCCUGAGACGUGCCAAUUCACCGUCUUUGGCACGCAGUCCGUCACCACGUCGUCAUUAUCCACACCAUCUUCACCACGACAUCGGUUUCUCUGAUACAGUAUCCAACGUUGUAGAAAUAGUAAAACAUGAACACCAAAGGGCACAGUCAAAUAAGAGUAGAUAUAUACGAGGUAUGUCUUACUAUACAGUAUGCUUUAGUUCAACAUUUACUUCUAAAGGAUCUUGGUCAGCCUCUACAAGCCCGGCUAGGUCACCUUCGCCAACCGGUCGAAGGCAUAACUCGUCUAGGCAUGGUUUACUAAGAUCGUCACGAAGAGGUUACGGUACCACAAGUCUUUGUCAACGAUCGCGUUCUCCCAGUCCCACACAUGUAACACCUCAUCAACACGGACCUGCGACCAUUGCAGGAGCCGUUGUGGGUUUGCCAAUGCAACAAUCCGCCGCGUUGCAAAGCAGUAUGCAACAUAGUCAUCCAGUACUUGGCAGUCGUAGGACGCAGGGCCGCAGAUUGCCGCCAACACCGUGCAAACCGUCCACAUUGCAACUGCGACCGGGACCCAUUAACUUUCCAAAACUGAACGCUUCACCAACACACAUGCAAUCUCAAUCAGCGCACGCAACUCCCCAUGGCGGACACGUAGUCUCACAAAACGUUGUACGGGAACCCUUGCGAGAAAUAAUACCGCCGCUUAGUUACGAGGGCUCACAAGCACCACUUAGUUUUGAGCAAGCAGUUGCACUUGGGCGCGGUGGAAGAAUGUUACCAAGUCCCGUUCCAAAUGGAUACAAACCGAAACCAACACGUUCCCGUCAUUCGGAUUCAGAUGAUGACGAUUGGUGCUAACAUAAGGGGUGUAUUCGUAUAUUGACCAACUAAUUUAUUACGUCCCCAAGUAUUCGUUUCAUCUUUGCGCGAAGAUGAUUGAAGAUACUGUUGAUAGUUAAAAGUGCUUUAAACAAGCUAUUUAUCGCUCGCCUGGUACCAUUAACGCCAAAAGUGUGUUCCGUUUUUAAAUUUUGCUGAAAAUACGUGAUUCUACAUCUGAAAUUUCGAUUUCCCCUUAAAUUUCCUACACCAAAUCACCAAAACGUAAAAGCAGGAACACUUUGGUACCGGAGUACUUCCAGGAAUUGAAAUACAUGUGUUUAACUGUCGAAAACGUACUUUGUGACCGAAGAAGCAUAAAAUAAUUUAUUAAUUCGAAACCUUUCUAAAUACUGCCAAGAAUGUUUUGUUGCUCUUAUGUUAAUUGCACUUCAUUAAAGUGAAUUUGCGAGUGCCCGCGUACGUACGUUGCGUUUGUAAUUGUACCUUGGACGUGUGGAUGAUGAAGAUGAUGAUGUCUACAGUAGUUCAACCGUAUUCUAAUAAAUAAUUAUAUAAUUCUUCCCUAAAGUGCUUUAAAAUCACUACAUUUACAAUUGUACUUGUUAAUAAAGUUUAGCUUAAACUGUA